AUGCUUUCUUUGCGAAGGGUAGUUACGACUACAGCCCCAUUGGCUGGGCGCCAGGGUCUCCGAGCUACAGCUGUAAGCUCCAGACUCUAUUCCCAGUCUGUUGGCCCUUUGGUAUACGAUCUACAUGAGCCUGCGCAGCCCAAAACAGACAAGAGAAACUCUCCUAUUCUUUUCCUCCACGGUCUUUUUGGAUCCAAGAAGAACAAUAGAGCUAUCAGCAAAGCGCUGGCUCGAGAUCUAGGAAGAUAUGUAUACGCCUUGGAUCUCAGAAAUCAUGGCGAGUCGCCUCAUGCUAAUCGACAUGACUAUCCCGCCAUGGCUCAGGAUGUAGCCGAGUUCAUUGAGGGCCAUGGUCUCAAGGAUACAACUCUCAUCGGUCACUCAAUGGGAGCCAAAACUUCGAUGGCCCUGGCACUUCGCUCUCCAGAACUUGUGUCUGACAUCGUUGCCGUUGAUAAUGCGCCUGUGGAUGUCUCCCUUAGCAGGGAUUUCCCCAAAUACGUCCGGGCUAUGAAGAAAAUCCAGGAAGCCGGUGUCACACGCCAAUCUGAGGCCGACAAGAUUCUCAGUGAGUAUGAGGAGUCUUUGCCCAUCCGACAGUUCCUUCUAGGCAACAUGCAUAUGCCCGAGGGUGAGAAGACGCGCAAGUUCCGUAUCCCUCUCGGAGUUCUUGGUAAGGCAUUGGACAACCUUGGAGACUUCCCCUACAAAAACCCCAACGAGGUCCGUUUCGAGAAGCCCGCUCUGUUUGUUCGAGGUACACAGAGCAAGUAUGUGCCGGAUGACGUAUUGCCUCUGAUUGGACAAUUCUUCCCCAAGUUCCGACUUGUCGAUAUUGAUGCUGGUCACUGGCUCAUCUCGGAGCAGCCCGAAGCUUUUAGACAAGCUGUGGUUGAGUUUCUCCAGCACCCUGAGUGA